AUGCUCCAAUCGCAAGUGCUCAACGUGCUACCCCGUCGCAUCGUCGCUGGUUUUUGGGCCUCGCAGGAAACACGUGUCUCGUUGUCACACCUUUAUAAUAGCAACAAGAAUAAUCAAAACGAGAUGCCUGCUGCCACUGCACCAUCCUUUUUGUGCUCCGAAUUACCUGUCAGAUACACUCACAUCCUACGAUUGCUCUCGACACUUUCUCCAGAAGCACUAAAAACACCUAUUGUACGCCAUGUUGCUCACGACUAUCUUCACGAUAUUUGCACUUUGCUGCAUCCAUCUCUUCAAUCAACAUCACCUCGUGGUUUUCACAAUGUUGCUCGUCGUUUGCAUCAACGUCAGGCAGCUAAUUUGAUACGACUACGAUACGCAUUUACUACCUCACCCACAGCUGCUUCAUUGGCACUGCUGGAUAAUAUCAACACAAUUGGUUUUGGCAUCCACAUGUUGCUUGAUCAACAUUUAUCUUACGCACAGCAAAAUGGCAAUGAAACUCAAGCAAUUAGCCCAAUUGAAAUUGCCAAACAGGCUGCCAAGGAUGCCCAACUUGCAUUUUCCGAAGCUCUUGGCGGUCAAGUACCUGUUCCCAGCAUUGCUGUAAAGACUACUACUAGCAGCAUGAGCGACCAAGAGUUUACAUACAUCCCUAAUGUUCUCCAUCGGAUUUUAUAUGAGUCGUCACUUGUUGCACUAAGAGCAGAGUUAGCGCAUGCACAUGGUGAUAGCUGGAUUCAGCGUAAAUGGAAGCAAUUCUCUCCUCCGCCUAUGGAGCUGCAUGUAUUUGGUGGUCCAACAUCGGUUGGUUUCCGACUCAACAGCACAUCACCAUUGCUACCGAACGAUAUGGGAAUUGAUAUUCCUCGUGAUCCUAUUGGUAUUCCAACAUGCUCAUCUUUGCUUGGUGAAAUUACUCGCUACCAUGAUAGCAAAAAGAAUGCAUCAGCAUUAUCAUCAUCUUCCGAUAACGGCCAAGCUGGUUUAGCCGAGUGGGAAGCAUUAAGCGGAUGGCGAGCAGCCAAAGUGUUGGCAAGUCAUUGGGGAGGAAACCUUGAUAUGAUGUCCGUAGAUGGUUUAGGCGCAUCCAUUUACCUGGCACUUGAUCGAGAUGCUACAUUAGCAGAGCGAUACCCUGUGCGAACGCUGGCGUCCGCACAGCUCUUAAGACAUCAUGGUCGUAUCUCAGCUGCUGCAGCUGCAGCAUCCUCAUCAUCUCCUUUGACGAUUCAAGCAGCAUCCAUUCAACUGGACACGUUCCUCAAUGCUAUUGCUGAACAAUCGCCCGCACAAGAAUUCGAGUACAACCCCCACUACCACUCUGUCUCACUCUCAGCUGCUGUUGGCCACGCUUAA